AUGAAUAUUAUUUUUCUUAAAUGGAACAAAUUUUGUACCUAUACAGAACAUGUCAAUGGUACAGACGAAAACUCACUUGGAACGGCGACUUUAGUUGAUGUUUCAAAUUAUGAUGAUCAUCAACUAAAAGGUAUAAAAAUUUCGGAUCCGUUAAGUUCCAAAUUGGAUUUGGAACACGUUUUAGAUAAUACACAAUUGCCUAGCCAAACAAGUUUAUAUAACAUUGAACACAAAAAUAAAUUGACAACUCGAGGUCACAUGGAACAGGAGAAAAGGAUGCGGCGAGAAAUCGCCAACAGCAAUGAACGAAGACGCAUGCAGAGUAUUAAUGCUGGAUUCCAGUCACUCAGAACAUUAUUGCCUCACCAUGAAGGUGAAAAAUUAUCUAAAGCAGCUAUUCUUCAACAAACUGCUGAAUACAUAUAUCAAUUAGAGCAAGAAAAAACUCAAUUGCUUUCCCAAAACUGUCAGCUCAAGAGACUUGUAAAUCAGCAUGAAGGGGGAGAAGUACCAGUCAAGAAACGAAAAACAGAAAAUCAAGGUAUGGUCGUGAAUUUACCUAUUCUUGUAAGUGAAAGUGGAGACGAAGGAUUAGGUAGCAUGUCUCCUGAACCAUUAUCAGUAAUGACGGUUUCAACUGAUGGGCACUCAAUAGUUAACAGCAACAACAAUGUAAACAUAAAUUCUGAAAUUUUAGAGUUAAGACGACAAUUAGAAAGAGAACGGAAUCAACGUUUGAAUUUAGAAAAACAAUUACGAGCAAUACCAACUCAGGUUUACACAGAAAGAUUCCGAGACGGUCAGCUAAUAGCUUAUCAACCACAUGAAGUUAUAGAGCACACAGAUGAUGCUAUGGCUCAAGAAACAGAGGAAGCUGUGGCAACACUUCAGGUUGUUUCACUCAUGUCAAUUCCAGCAGUAGGAUCAACCCAAACAGUUGAAACAUCAAACCCUGAGCCAAGUUCACCACCUAUGUCGCCACAGCCUGCGGAAUUGAUUGCAGAAGAAAUUUUGAAAGAAGAAGAAAUUUGUCCUGAGUCUCCUAAAAUAAUUGCAUUUGCUACAAACAAUCAAAUAUUUCAAGCAACUGUUGAAGAGCAAAGUACUCCAGAACCUUUUUCCCCGCCACAUGUUACUUAUAAAAAUGAAUUCCAUAAUACUUCGACGCAAUUUAUCACAGCAAGUCCAACACGACCUUUUUCACCACCUAUAGAACUUCAGCGACUACCUAGUGUCUUAGAAGCAGCGAUGAAGGCGGAACCUAAAGUUGAAGUAGAACGAUUGCCGUCACCAGCUAGUUCAUUGGAAGAUGGAUCAUCGCAAGCAAGAAUAUAUCUCGCUAAUACAUCUAGACAAAACUUAGAAACUAUCGUCGAAGCGAUAAGACAUCUAGAAGGCGACCAUCUAUUUAGUGAUGAACCAGCGCAAGACGUUCCUCUGGCUUUAACGAAUAAAACAACCUCGGGUACGCCAGCAAAUACAUCAACAAAACAACGACUACUACAUGCUGAAGUUAACAAUUUUCUUCAAUUUCACUCGAAGCAACAACAAACCCAACAACGACCUGGUGUCAUUGUCGUUAAACACUCGUGA